AUGGCCGAACCCGACGACCAGCCGUCGUACAUCGACUACGAGACCUUCCUCGCGCCCGAGUUUGACGUCGCCGGCUUCGCCAACUCGCUGGUGCUGUCGACCAACGACCCCAACGAUGCGCCCCUCGACCUGGCCACGCCGCUGUCGCGGGUCCUCUUUGACAUCCAGGAGAUUGACUCGCACAUCGACCUGCUGACGGCGCGGUCGGCCGUGCCGCUGCUGACGCACACCAAGAACCAGACGCAGACCAGCACGCGCAUUGUGUCGGAGCUCGAGCCGCAGCUGGCGUCGCUCAACGAGACGUACCGCCAGCUCGAGACCAAGGUGAUCCAGAAGCACGCCGAGGCGGACGAGGUGCGGCAGGUGGCGUCGCGGCUCUGGGAGUCGCUGCGGCUGGGCCGGUCGGUGGGGCGGUGCCUGCAGCUGGGGCGGCAGCUCGAGAUACAAAACGCGGAGCUGGGCGACAGGGACAGGGAAGACCACCGGGCGCUGGUGCGGUGUGCCCACACCAUCCUGUCGCUGCGCGAAGUCCUGCAGCAGAGGGCGCCGGGCGACGAGGGCCACGGGCUGGACCGCGUGGACGCCAUCCGCAGCCUGCAGGACACGGUCAUCACGCCCAUUGAGAAGACGGUGCGCGAGACGGCCGAGCGCGUCGUCCGCGAGUUCUCGCUGGGCGCGACCACGACCCAGCACGACAUGACGUUUGCGCAGUCGGAAGAGGCCAAGGCGCGCACCGUCUCGGCCCUCGUCGCGCUCUACCUUGUCUCGCCGACGCCGCUGGGCGGCGGCGCCGGCACGCCGUGGACGCCGGCCACGAUGCUGCAGGCCCUCGAGCUCUACCUGCGGGCGGCCCUCCAGAGCAGCCUGGCCGCGCUGGCCCGGUCGCUCGCGGCGCUGCCGACCCUGGAGCGCUCCCUCGCCGAAGUCAGCGCGCGGUGCCAAAACAUUGUGGCCCUCGAGCAGCUGCUCGCGUCGACCAAGGCACCGGCACACCCUCUCAAGCAUUUGUUGAACACAACCACCUCCCAGCCCUCCGACACCCUUCUGCAGCCCCUGCUGGCCAAGCUCGAGACCGGCUCGCUGCCGGCGUACUUUUGGCGCACCCUCGCCGGCCACCUGUCGCCGCGCGUCCAGGACAUCAUCACACGCGGUGGCGUGUCCGCGCGGACGCUGCGCAGCAACCGGCAAGGCGUGGGCGAGUCGAUUCGGGCGUGUGUUGUCAAGGGCAUGCAGACGUCGGGCGGCCCACGGGCGGCUACGGCAAAAGAAAACGGGACGACCAACGGCACCGGCAAGACGGCGACCAAGAGCGGCACCCCGGGUGGCAGCACCAGUGGCAACUGGGAGCGAGAGAUUGCCGUCAUGGUGGGCAGUGUGGUCAACCAUCUGCGGUGA